UUUUUUUCGUAACUUAGUAAGACUAUUCAAAAUGGCUUGCUUGAAAACAGGUGCACGGCUAUGCAGACAAUUUUUAUUCAGUGGACAAUCUUCUUUAAAGUUUUCUGCAGUUCCCUUGUCUUCUAGAUGGAUGUCAACAGGAAAAUAUGAAUAUAUCAUAGUAGAAAAGAAAGGAGAGAAGAACAAUGUUGGAUUUAUUCAACUUAAUCGACCAAAAGCACUCAAUGCACUUUGUGCAGGCCUUAUGUCUGAGCUUGAUCAAGCUGUGAAGGGAUUUGAAGCUGAUAAUGAUGUUGGGGCUAUUGUAUUGACAGGCAGUGAAAGAGCCUUUGCAGCUGGGGCUGAUAUUAAGGAAAUGCAGACAAAAGAAUUUUCAGAGGUUUGGAGAGGAAAUUUUUUGAGUGAAUGGGAUGCCUUGUCAAGAUGCUCAAAACCAGUGAUUGCAGCUGUUAAUGGAUUUGCUUUAGGUGGUGGUUGUGAGGUAGCCAUGAUGUGUGAUAUAAUUUAUGCCGGAGACAAAGCACAGUUUGGACAACCAGAAAUCACACUGGGCACCAUACCAGGAGCUGGAGGGACCCAGAGACUGUGUAAAGCUAUCGGGAAAUCUAAGGCUAUGGAGAUGGUGUUAACAGCUGAUAGGAUGUCUGCAGUAGAAGCCGAGAAAGCAGGACUGGUAAGUAAAGUUGUCCCAGCAGCAGAACUGGUCAAUGAGGCCGUCAAAACAGCUGAGAAAAUCAGCAGCUUCUCUAAAAUAGCCACAGGAAUGUGCAAGGAAGCAGUCAAUGCAGCAUAUGAAAUGUCUCUUAAAGAAGGACUUCAUUUUGAAAAGAGGCUUUUCCAUGCUUCAUUUGCCUCAAAUGAUCGAAAGGAGGGCAUGACAGCGUUUUCAGAGAAAAGACCACCCAAAUUCACAGACAGUUAAACAGAUCUUUAGAAAGAGGUUGAAAAAAUUUUAAAAGAAACUUGAUGAGUGCCAAUUAUCUUGAUUAGAAAAAGUCUGUGCUGUGAAAAUGUGGAACAUACUAUGUACUGCUACAGAAGCAUUUUAUUUAAUUGAAUUGAAUGAAGUCUAAAAAUGAAGUGCUGUACAACAAAUUAUGUUAUCUGUGAAUCCCAAAUAGCAGUGCAGGGAUUGCAUAGGCUUACAGAAGCUUGACAUUGACAAUUACACUAAUUCAUGAUGUUAGUUCUGAUGUUUUCAUGGAUAAAAUAGACUCGUAUGCCUUUCAUGUCGAUAGCUAAUAUGAUGUUGGGUAUAACUCAAUUUACAUGCUUUUAUACAGAUUUAUGAUGAUUGUAUAUUGAUUGUGGUGAUAAAAAAAAACAUUAAAUUUAUAUAUACAUGUUUAAAAUUUCCAUUUUAUUUAGUGUGAAUUAUCACCUUUCACACAUUGCACUGUUGAGUGCUGUGUUACUGUUAUGCCUGCAUUAUCUCAUCGGUGCAAACCACAGCCAAAAUGUUGGAUCCUCUCCCAUUCUGGAGAGAGCUUCAUGCAGACUCUCAGACUGUGGCUUGAGACAAUGGCAUUAUCUUAAAAAAUAAUACACCACAAACGCAGAGUUCAAAAUAUUAAUUAUACUGAUUUGAUUACUGUAUACAGGGAAAUUUUCAUCCGUAUUUUAUUUUUGCCCCUUUCACCCUACCCUUGGUUGGGUGAAUUUAAAACUUGGCGAAUAAAAAGAAUACAGUAAAAUUACUGUGACUGGACAAAUGUAAGACAGGGCAAAAUUGUUUGCAAGUGUAAAAGGGCGAAAAUAAAGCAGAGCAAAAAUAAUCCUGUAUACAGUACUCUGUUAAAAUUCAUAUGUAUACUUUACAACAAUUAUCAAAACAAAAGUUGAGUUUGAUGACAGUUUAUUAACAUUUGUAUCAUUACAAUUUCAUCAUUAUGCCCUGUUCACAUGGAAAGUUUAAUUCGAAUUAAACAUAAGUUACUGCGAAUUGAAUUUGAAUCGCAUUCACACGGAUAAUUUAUUGGUCAGGAAAUUAGUUUAAUUCAAUUUAAUUUAACGCACAUUAAAUUACUUCGUAUUAGCUCCAUGUGAAUGCUAAGCAAAGCUAAUUCGAACUUAAUUUUGACACAUGCAUGAGACCAGAAUUAAGUCACAGGACACAUGUUGGUUGUUAGAUAUAGGUACAUGUAUCUGUGCCAUAUUUGGUUCAAAAAUCAAGGAAAAGUAUGUUAAUCACUAAAUCUAUCCCUGUAGCCACUAUGAUUAUUACCAAUAUAUCAAAAGGAUGACUCGGCAUACUUGACAUGAUUUACAAAUGACGUCAUAAUAGCCGAGUGAAUAGCUUUUUUUAUAGAAGUAAAAUUUCAAUUCUUAUUAGUUUACUUCACUUUAGCUGUCGUGUGAACACAAUUUCAUCUGCAUUAUUUUAAUUCGCAUUUGUUUAAUUAAUUCGCAUUAAUUUACUGCAAAUUAAACUCUCUGUGUGAACAGGGCAUUAGAACCCUAUUAUGUAGAAUUUGGAAUAUUAAUUACAUAUCAAAGUACAUGUAUUGAAAAUCAGUCUUUCAGUUUGGAAAAAUAGUCCACAUCCCUAUUUUUUUAUUCUUAAUAAAGACAGUUUUUAAAAGUACAAUAAAGUAAUAUUUAAAGUAGCAGAGUAAAUAUUCUUUUUAGA